AUGAUGAUAUUUGUUGCAGAUUCACAUCAAAACAUGUUCCCUAAAUUGGGCACCAAGCAAGGCCACGACUUGGGAGGCACUGCAAUUGUGCCCCAUCUUCAUUUUCCUGACAGAAACCUGUGUCACCUCACCAGGAGGCAUACCAUGGAAGGACUGCUGAAGCAAACAUUGCACACUGUUGUCAACCUCAUUCGUGGGUUGGCAGCUUCGAAGCUGUCUCAUGACAUGGAGCUAGAGGAGCUGCACAGGACGGUCACCACUGAGCUGCAAAGACAGGAGAAUGCACUCACAGCACUAAGGGAGAUGGACCUCAAAACAGCAGUGAGGUACUUGAAGCUGGCCGUAGUUGGGGGCAUAUCAGAUGCAGGAGUCCAGGAAAGCAAGGAAGACUACAAGACGGCAGAAAAAUCAGCCGUGGAUGCUUUUGCGGUGGUGCCAACAACGAUGCAGAAAGUGGAAGCCACAAAAAUUGCCAUCAUUGCUGGGUUCUUCUAUGCGCUGGGGAGCGACCCUGCAUCUAGUGGCCUGAAAAAAGGACUGCAGAGGGCUGGGCACCAUUUGCAUCAACUUCUACAAGAUGAAAAGGUAAUGAAAGUGACCAAAAUGGAAAAGCAGAGUCUAUUGCAGAGCCUUGUUGGCGGAGAGAAAAGGAAAGAGCUGGCAGCAAGUGUUGGAGGUGCCAUCAAGGGGUUUUUGGAUUUGUCAAGGAUGGGCCCUCCAAAUGAAGGUGUCCAUCUCCUUGACGAUGGGCCCUCCCUGCUGCAAAUUCUGGCCAAUUUGUCGUUUGGAAAAAUGCAAAUAUUGAAAGGACAUGAGCAUUGGGUGUGGUCAUUGGCUGCGGAGGGGGAAUGGCUAUUUUCAGGAUCUGGUGACAACACAAUCCGAAUUUGGAGGUUAGGGACGUGGGAGUGUGUACAUAUCCUCAAGGGGCACACAGGGAGAGUGAGUGCACUGGCAACAAAUGGCACGCGGUUGUUCUCAGGAUCAGGCGAUAGAACCGUCCGUGUUUGGGAGCUGAACACCUGGAAAUGUGUCAGAGUCUUUGAGGGUCACAGCCACCAGGUGUUCUCACUGGCAGCCACCGAGGACUGGCUGGUUGCGUGUUUCUGGGACAAGACUAUUCGUGUGUGGCAGAUAGAUGACUGGGAGUGCACCCGCGUUCUUGAAGCGCACAGUGACUGGGUGUGUUCCCUGGUAGUCACAGACACGUGGCUGUUUUCUGGUUCAAAAGACCACACAAUUCGAGUCUGGAGGACAGGAUGCUGGGAGUGUGAAUGUGUAUUGGAGGGGCAUAGCAGCUCAGUGGGGACAUUAGCAGUGACAAAUGAGUGGCUGUUCUCUGGCUCAGAUGACAAAAGCAUCCGUGCCUGGAAGAUGGGCUCUUGGGAGUGCGCCCAUGUCCUUGAGGGACACACUCACGAGGUGACCGCUAUGGCUAUCCAUGAUCACUGCCUGUGCUCUGCUACUAAGAGCCCCUCUGAAGCUUUUUCGGUCUGGAGUUUGGACACAUGGGAUUGCUUGAGAGUACUUGAUGGGCAUGGACCAGAUGUGAGGUCCCUUGUCGUUGCUGGGGACUGGAUUGCUUCAAUUGCCGAUGACCAGACUAUUCAGGUUUGGAGAGCUGUACCUUAA